UUUUUGCUACAUCUUCGUUUUUGGAUAUUAUUAAAUGAAAAUCUGUGUCACGCAACACGGAUUAUAUAUUAUAUUUUUCGUCGCCAAAAAUUCUUGAAUACCAAAUUAACAAAUACAUAUAAUUGGGGUGAAAAAACUAUACAUAAUUUAGGUAAUCGACAAAAAAUGUUUCUUUUUGAGAAGGAUAAAUAAUAAAAAGGGAUGCUUUCAUUGAGAGUUGAACUCAAGACCUCCCGCUUACUAAACGGGUGCUCUAACCAACUGAGCUAUGAAAGCUUCUCGUACUAUGCAUAUAUAAGGGAUAUUACUUGUGGGUGUCUUCUGAUUUCAUUCGAGUGUUGCAGGAUAAUAACAGGCCAUACACGGGGAUAUGUUUGCAUUUGGGACGGUCAAACACAGGCAAGUGAUACAUGCUUACAGUGCAAAAAUAUAAGGACUAAAAGCACUAUAUUUCUUAUCAACAGACUUAUGCUACAUCUAUACUAAAGUACCAUAUGUAGGGCUAAUGACAAUACAUACCAUGUAAGGCUACUACCCAAUUUGGGGGCUCAAAUUGUCUACAUCAGCAGUGUCGUCGGAGUAGUGAAUUCACUUUGGCUUUAGGAUUCCCCGAAACAAAUAAAUCUAAUAAUACAGAAACAUACUACGUAAGAUCGUGAUUACCGAAUCAAUAACAACUGCUGCGUUACAUAGGGAACUCGCAUCAAGGUCAUCCGGAUUCAACUGCACCAUCCCCAUCCCAAAUCUCAUAAUACCCACAUAGGUUUUUCUUCUGCAUUGACUAACAAAGUACUUUGCCUUUGCUCGCAGAGGAAAGUAGAUUCGUUUAAAGUCUCCACCGACAAAGGCAUGCAAUUUGAGUUCUAUUUUUUUAAUUCUUUCUUGUUAAGUUCUUCAGCCGCGCCAUAUAUACUGUAUUACAAAUAAAAAGAUGAUGACUCUGUCUGCAGUUGUUUUGGUUAAAUUUAUCGUACGAAAACAAUGGUUUGUGGCUGGAGCCGAAGAUGGCUUUAUUCACAUCUACAAUUACGAAACUAAACGGCAGCAAGUCCCAAGUUUCACAGCUCAUGCUGGAAAAAUGACAUCACUGGCCGUUCAUCCAAGCAAACCGUACUUGAUGUCAUGGAGUUCUGAUGAAAUGAAGCUUUGGGAUUGGGACAAAGCCUGGGAGUGCACACAAACAUUCAAGUGCAAACACUUGGGUUAAAUUUGCCAAGUCAUGUUUGACCCAAAAAACACCAACAGUUUUGUCACUGCCUCAGCCAAUCGCAUGAUAGAUGUUUGGGAUUUUGAUUCUCCUCAAUGUAAAUACACACUCUCUGGGCACUGGGACAGAGUUAACUGCCUUGAUUUCUUCACACAUGACAAUCAGCAGUAUUUGAUUACUGGCUCUAGUGAUUGUAGCGCGAAGAUAUGGGACAUGCACAGCAAUAUGUGUACUCAUACACUACACGCUUCCAUGUCUCCGGUUAUGUCUGUCAUGUUUCAUCCCAAUCUUCAGGUUCUAAUUACAGGUUUAGAAGAUGGCACUGUUUAUUUGUGGAGUUCAACUAAUUUCAGGCUUGAGAGGAUCAUUAACCCUCCUGUAAUUGAACCCCCUGCUUGGGGUUUUGGAUGGAUAUACAAUAUUUUUAGCAGCCCCGUAAGUGAACAUGUUUGGGGUCUCGCAUGUUCGAUGAAGUCAAAAGGGUUUGUGUUUGGAAGAGGAGAGACGGUAGCAAUGGUGGAUGUCGGCAAUGUAAAUAAUCAGGAAGAAUCAAGUCAUCACAGUGUACCACAGAUAAGAGCUGACAAAUCUACUCAGUUGAUCGACAACAGUGGGCUACUUGAAGUGCACCCGUCUGACCUCCGCUUCCCCUUGCAACCACACAAGUCAACCACGUGCUCACUGGACCUAACAAACCACACAUAUGAGCGCGUGGCAUUUAGGCUUGUACAGAAGAAUAAGAGCCACUCGUUCGGGGAAGAAGAAGAUUCACUUUUAUCAAAUGUGCCGAUUUAUGGAUUUAUAGCUUCCAGGUCCACGUACACUCUAGUCGUGACAACAAAAGAGUGGCCAGAUCAAGGAGAUGACACAAGCUUGGAUCUGCUUCUGCAGAGCAGUAUAUCGGGGGACAAGUUCAUCGUCCCAUUCGAAAACGAGACUGAGUGUGUUGAUCUAUUUGAGGAAUUAAAAGAGAUGGGGAAUGUGGUGCAUGAAUUGACACUGAAAGCUGGUUUUUAUGCACAAGAAGAGGUGACACGCGAGAUCAUAUCAGCCACGAAGAAAGUUGAUGCACUUGGAUUCGGCAAUAGGCUGGUGUGCCUAGAUGCACAUCCAACAGAGACAUGGAUCUUAACAUGCAAGUUUUUUGGAGAUGUUCACAUGUGGGAUCUUGUCUCUCAGGAAAAGAAGGCCCUCUAUUCUUUUCAUGUCUACCAGAAUGGAACAAGAGGGCUAUCAGCGACAGUUAGAUUCCUUAAAUUUAUCGCACGGAAGCAAUGGUUUCUGGCUGGUGCAGACGAUGGCUUCAUCCAUGUGUGCACCUACGGAACAGAGAUAGUACAACAGAUCACGAGUUUCAGAGCUGGUUCUUCCAGUGUCACAGCAAUGACCAUCCAUCCAACCCAGCCAUAUGUGCUGUCCUCAGCUUAUGAAAGCCCGAUUAGGCUUUGGAACUGGGAAGAGGGCUGGCAGUGCACACGAACUUUCGACGAUGAACACUCUGGAACUGUCCGACAGAUCACCUUCAACCCAAAGGAUGCCAACUGUUUUGCUAGCGCGUCCGAAGAUCAGACAGUAAAGGUUUGGAACCUUGACUCCCCAAAAUCUAGCUACACUCUGUUUGGGCAUUUGGCUCAAGUGAACUGCCUUGAUUUCUUCGCACAUGCUGAUCAACAGUAUCUGAUUUCUGGCUCAGAUGACUUGACCGCCAGGAUAUGGGACCUAGAGAACAGGGUGUGUGUCUAUACAAUAAGAGCUCUCAUGGCUCCGGUUCUUUCAGUUCUAUGUCUUCUUCCUGAUCAUCCAUAUCUAACUAUAGGCUUAAAAGAUGGCACUCUUCAUUUGUUCAGCUCCGCUAAUUUUAGGCUUGUGAGGAUCAUUGACUUAGGCUGUAGCAAAGUUCGCAGUGUCAAUCUGAUGGGAUCAGUAAGGGUUGUGAUUGAACAAGAGGGGGCAGUGUCAAUCAUGGAUAUAGACCCUGAACAACAAGGUGGGAUUAUCAGUGAAGUGGGGGCUAACAUGGUUGAUGCAGUGAGAUUGGAUGUUGCUUCGGAAGCACAACUAGACAUCUUCCAAGAACACAAAGAGGAUUUGUCAGGUGCAGUGUCAGGGACAGGAAAUACGAAUUCCACACAGGCGUGAGGAAUGCAAUGGGAUAUAACAAUAGAUUAGUGCUUACAGAAUUUCGCCCACAGAGAAAAGAAAUUAGAAAGUGAUUACACCAGCAUGAGUAACAGAAUGAAAGCUAAAUCUAUUUGUGCGAAAACAGAUGGACAAAGAGCAGAAAAUAAAAACUGUGGGUGGAUGUUGGAGAAUCCUCUCCACUGAUUUUUUGUUGUUGUGAAACUGAUAGUCUCUGCACUGAUAUAUACAUUGCAUAUAUUGCUUGGUAAAAUUUUGGACAGAUGGAGAACUUGUGUGCUUUUCAUCAAUUUCUUACAAGAAUAGGAAAUCACAGGCAAGACACUGAAACCGCAGUUUUGUCUAGUGGACACGUGCUUAUGCCAACUCAAGCUCUAUCUAUGUUGUGAAAUUUGGUUGG